CGGUGAUUCAAUAACCAUUCACAUUGUCCGGUGAAUGCAUUAACAUCAAAUAUAAACACGAUGGAUUAACCACUGCCUCGUGUGAGGCCCGUCGCCUCAGCACCCACACAUGGACACGGACACAACUCACAGAAGAGCUCGCCGGCAGCCCACCUACAUGUAUCUCACACCACCAAUACAGCCAACGGAAGCCCAGGGCCAGAAACACCACACAACACCAACAGACAAAGGAAUCUGAAGUGCAGCAGCACCAUCCUGUCUGCCACCCUGUGGUACACCACAGAAAAAUGACAAUCUCCCUCUCUCCCUCUCCCUCUCUCUCUUUCUCAACAGCCCCAGCCACACGCCCACAUGUCUCUCUCUCUCUCUCUCUCUCUCUCUGAUCGAUAUGCAUGAAGGCAUUAGGAGACUAUCAUGGCGUCCCUAAGGCGCUUCAGCGUUCUCUUCAAGGGUUGGGUGCUGAUCGAGUACUUGCCGCUGAAGGGGUCAGUGAGGUCCUCCAGCAAAAUGCCCAGCCACAUGAAGGCGCCCACCAGCAGCGAGAAGGCCAGACGGGGCAGCAGCCGCAGCAGGGGGUUGCUCGACGCUGACAUGCAAUGCGACAGAAGAGAGUACCAAUGGGACGCCAUGGAAGGGUGCGUGUGUGUCUGUGUGUGUGUGUGGUCACCCACCCUUGAGUGAGUCGAAUAUGAAUGCGACGAGCUGCGAGAUUCCCAGGAAGGCCAGCAGAAGGUAAUGCUCGGCCGGGAAGCCGGUCUGCACGGCGACGACCUUUGCGCCCCUCGUGUGACGCAGCUGCGUCAACAGACCUGCAGUUCAAACAAAUCGCAAUGGCAGUGGUUGGAUGGAUGGAUGGAUGUAUGGAUGGAUGGUGUCGAUGCCAACCGACCGACCUUGUAUGUAGAAGACCUGGUUGAAUGCUUGGGACGUACCUAGGGUCCUGUAGUUUUCGGACGACCGGAUCUCGGCAUCAGUGACCUGCACACAACACAGCCAGCCACUCAGACAUGUCAUGCACUGACAGGAAGCACCAUGACCAUCUCUCCCUCCGAAUGGAUGGACGGACGGAUGCUUGCAUACCGACCUCGUCCACGACAUCAAUGAGGUCCGACAGACUCUCGAUGGCCUCCUUGCCCGAAUCAUACACUGACCAAUUAAUUAAUGCAUUCCUUAUCGAUCCACAGGUGGGUGCUAUGCUCACACCAUCCAUCCCAUCAGUCCCUGCCGUAGCUCACCCUCAUCUUUCUCCUCAGUCUCGUCCUUUAUCCUCUCAGGCAAGCUCGUGAUGAUGGUGCUGAAGCUGCUGACCAGAGGGCUCUUGGCGUCCCACCACUGCCGGCGCGUCUGGCAGCCUCUCGUCGUCGCCUCGCCCGCCACACUCCAUGUGUAACGCCACAGGGCCCGGAAGGCGCGCCGCCUGCGAAUUGGGUCGUCUUGGAAGAGCUUCUUGAGAGCCUUCUCGAGCAGGUCAAUGAGGGAGAUCUCUUCCUGCAAACACAGACAAACCGGCAGACAGACAGACCGACAGACAGACAGACAUACGAAUCAGCAUGCGGGUGUGCGUAGUGGCUGACUGGCCUGUAGGAUCCGUCUGAUGUCCAGCUGCCUCUGCUGCAGCGUGCCGAUGGUCAGCGCAGUCAGUGUGCCGAGCAACAAACCUGUACUCGGGAGAAACACCUGCACACACAACACACUCACACAUGACAUGGCCGGUACUCAUGCCGCAUUCUCCCAUCUGCCUAUUCUGGCGGCCCAUCUGAUCUGGCCCAUCUGUGUUUAUCGGCAAGAAAGAGGGAGGGCAGUCUGUCUGUCUGUCUCUGCGUGUCUGUCUAGCAUGAAUGAAGAGACGCACACGCACACACUUGGCCGCACUUUGCCAAAAGUCUCCGUCGGAGCGUCCUUGAGCUUUGCCGCACCGAACUCCAGGACAGCAAUGGCGGAGCUCACGAUGGAAGGAAAGGCCAUGUACACGCUGUACGACACGAUGCCAGGAAUGACCGGCAUCGUCGUGAACAUCCACCGGCAGAAAGCCCGGAAUCUCCACCUCGGGACAACACCAAUCGAGCCGAGCGAGAAGGGCAGCCGCCACCGAUAGAAGCCGCUUGUGGGUGUGGGAGGGACCAGGUCACCAUAGUUGUCGUGCUGGCCCUCAGUGGGCAGGACCUCUGUGCCGCCUUCUGAAGCCGCAAUGUCAGCCACAUCUGCCGGCUGGAUCAGUGUGACCGAAUGCAGCCGCGGACUGGCUGAUGCAACUCGCCUCGACGACUUGAACACAGGGACAGGCCGUUGAGCAGUGAAAGCCGUCGAGUGCCCCAGACACAAUGCAGAGCCCAGAGAGAGAAAAAUUGCUGAAAUAGUUGCUUGCCGGGCUGGCAUCACGAGCACGAUGAGCGAUGAAUGACGUGCUCGCACAGAACAGUAUGUAGCCACGGAGGGCAGAUCUGUCAAGUGUUGCUGCACUGCUUUUCAUUCAUGGUGAGAGAAAGUGGCUGCGGCCUUCUGCUCACUUCUGCUCCCCUUUUCCUUUCUCG